AUGGACAACGACACUAGCAUCCCCAAACUAAAGCUGCCAGAGGUUGACUGGGACGCACUAUUGAAGCAUGAUACGACCACGUAUGUGCUUGUCGCAGUAACUGCGGUCCUGUUCGUCCUGUGGCAGAAUCAGAGGCCUCAACCGCUUGCACACCCCUUGCUCUUUGGGAGGCAAUCAGACAUUAGCAAGUCGCGGAAGAAAGGAGAGUCAGCCAUUUACAGAAACUAUGGUCUUGGGCAUGGGUCUCCGCUCGUCACUCGGCCUAAGGCAGAUGUGAGGAGUAUUUUCGAUCUCGUGUCUGAGAGCCAGACAGCCAGUCGCAAGCUAUGGAAGCACCAUACGACGAACACUGAACUGAAGCACACUGCUGCCGCCAUUGCCACCGGUCUCGUCAAGGUCGCAGGGCUGGUUCCCAAAGAGUCAAAUGUUCUUUUCCUCAUGAACGAUAGCGUUGACUUUGUGAUUGCCGAUCUUGCUUGUGCUCAACUCUCCAUCACGUCAUUCACUACCACGUCAACUCAGUUUGUGGUGCCCAUUCUUCAUUGGCAUAUGCCCAAGGCCAUCAUCGUGUCGGCUUCUUAUCUCGAUAGGCUGCUUGAGCAAAUCGUAGAUGAGAAGGAGACACACCUGAUGUGCGUGAUCGUCGUUCCCGAGCAGGGCGUUAAGACAGACGUUACCGACUCUGGGCUGAAAUCGGGCGUCAAGAUUUUCCUCUGGGGAGAGAUCGAGGACGCCGGAAAAGUCGCAGAGCAGGUCCAGCCCGUUGAGACGGCUCCGGAAGAUGUUUUCUCAGUGAACUUCUACACAACUGGUCCCGAUGGUCGCCCUAUCGGAGCCGAGAUUACGCACCAGAAUCUGACCGCUGGCGUGGCCUCAGUCAUGAAUCUGUUCGCCAGCGGGAAAACACUCUCAGCGGCCGACACUGUCGUUUCUGCCUUUUCGUUUGCCCAUCCUUUCGGCCGGGCGGUUGCGUACGCUUCUAUUUACAACGGUUCUGCUUUUGGCACGGUCCCAUCCACCGCCCUCCACAAGGGCCCACUCGACGCUUCCAAGGUUGGACUGGAUGAACUACAGCACACCGUUGACUUAUACGACCUCCCCGCGCCCACAGUCGUGUUCCUCACUCCGCCACACCUGACGUCCUGGGGUCAAGCGAUCCUCAGAAGCGUUGGAUUCUUCUUCUUGUUCGGCUGGAGGCACAAGAUCGCCGAGGCAACACAUGGCCACAUUAGCAGAGACAGUUGGCUUGACAACUUCAUCUUUGGAGGAGCGAGAAAGAAGGCUGGGAAGAAGCUCGACGAGAAGCUCAGGCAGAUCAUUAUUGCUGGAGAGCCGAUCCCACCGCUGAGGUUGCGACCCUCCCGUUUGCUUCUAUCUGUUCCUGUGGUGAAUGCGUUCAUCCACCCUCUUGUCUGUGGACCAGCAUGUGCCACCAGCCCUUUCGAUGUGCAGUUCUUCCGCACACCCAGCGCCCACUAUGGUGCACCCACUGCAUCUCUCGAGUUGAAACUGAAUGGGGUGGAUGAUGUUGCUGUUGAGCGUGGGGAAGACCCUGUAGGAGAGAUGAUCGUUCGGGGUCCAUCUGUGUUGACGACGACGCCUGUGGAGAUACCACUUAUCGAUGGGUGGUUGAAGACAGGAGAGGCGGCGAUGGUUCAGUCGAACGGCAGCAUUCUGCUCAUCCCACAGCAGUAAUAGGAUCACAUGUGAUGCUAGUAAGGAGGGGAGGAGAGUUUGUUCAUUGUGGCAGUAACGUAAAAAUAUAUUGUCU